AUGAACAUGGAUUCUAGCGAGAAUUCGAAGGCCGCCAAGGCUGGCAGUAAGGCCCAGAAGGUCUUCACUGCUCUCCUGAGCGCUGGCCUUCUUCCCAACAAAGGCGCCGGCAGUGCCAACAACGUGCAGAUCAAGCAGGAGGACCAGAACGCCCAGCAGGACCAUGGUAUCCACCAGGACCAUGGCAUCCAGCAGGACCACGGCAUCCAGCAGGACUAUGGCCAUCAGGGCUAUGGCAUCCAGCAGGUCUACUUCAUGCCGGAGUACAACGGCCACAGCUACUUCGGCCACCCGAAUGACCCGGAUUACUAUGGAGACGACUACAGCAUCCCGGCGAACUCUGGCAUCCAGGAGAACCGCAGCAACCAGGACAUGGAGAACGGUCAUGACAACAAGGAUUGCGUCCGUGCUCGUACCCUGAAGAAGCACAUUCUUGUCAAUCUCGCCUUGGUGACCUUCCUGGUCCUCGCUUGCAUUGCGGUUCACGUUGCCAUCACUGUCACCGGCGUCUCUGCCGCCAGCGUCCACGGUCACGAGACGACCGAGGCUCUGACGGCCCAGACCACCCAUCUUGUUGCUCGUGACAUUCAGGCCAACAACACUCCCUUUCUCUCCGACCCUGCCUGUGCUGUCACUUCCGCCAGUCUCUAUCCAGCUCCCUCGUCCCCUGCCGCCCGAGAGAGUGUGGGAAGCAGCACUGGCAAUAUGACUGUCACUCCGAUCUCCGUUGAGACUACCUCGGAGUCCUCUUGCCCUGCUCCCCAGACCGUGACAGUCACAGUUACCACCACAGCUAGCGUUGGCGUUGCGCAUGUGACCGGAACCACGAGCGGUGCAACUCCGCAGUCGAGCUCGACCACCACAACCACGACUUUCGCAGCCGAGCUGACCACCGCUACCACCACAGUCACGGCAAAGAACAACCUGACCACCACGGAUGUCACCUCCACGGAGAGCGGCAUCAUCACUAUCGGUCGCACCGCGACCGCAACCUACUACGUGACGGUCAACAACCCGGCGACCGCGAACACCAUUGCGACUGCUACAUCGACUAUGCUCGUGGUCACCGGCACCGUUGUCCAACUGCGCACCACGACAUACUACUACACCCUCGCCAGCAGCGUCGGCAGCGCCACCAGCAUCUGGACCGUUACUGGCAGCGGCGCAAGCGGUAGUGUCGUCGGCCCGACCAACAGUAGCAUCAGCUACCACCUGCCGUCAGCGACCAGCUCGCAGCCGCUUGGGACUCCCAUCCCGAACAGCGGCAGCGGCCGCGCCGGCCGCCGCAGCACCGGCAAUGGCGGCGGCGGUGAUAGCAAGAACGGCCAUGGCGGUGGUACCUGGGGCGGGUUCUACUGCGUUGUGAUGGCUUUUGCCACUGUGCUGUUCACCGCUGUCUUAGGCUGA